AUGAGGAUUUCAGGCUUCCUACUGGGCACUGCUGUGCUCGCCUCCUUUUCUUCUGCGCAGCUCACCGUCGUUACGUCCAAGGUCAACCCCGAAGUACAGAUAUCCUACAAAGAAACAGACAUUUGCGAGACGACUCCCGGGACAACCUCCUACAGCGGCUAUGUGCAUAUUCCAGGCAGCCUCGUGAGCGACUUGGGGGGGUACAACAUGAGUGUCUAUUUCAUGUAUUUUGAAGCCCGCAACAACCCCCAAACUGCCCCCCUGGCCCUCUAUCUUGCCGGAGGACCGGGCGAGGCCGGGUCCUACGUGGCUUUGAACAGCGAGAAUGGCCCUUGCGUGGUCAACCGGGAGGGAACCAACACGACCAUCAACCCCUGGUCCCUGAACAACCAUGUCAACAUCCUCUACCUCGACCAGCCCCUGCAGGUGGGCUUCUCGUACAGCAGCCUGACCAACGGAACCUACAACUCGACCUCCCUAUUAGUUACGCCCGACAAUGGCACCGUGUUCCCCCCGCCGCCGGGCCAGGGGAUCUUCCCUGAUCCCUCGCUAUCCGCAACUGCAAACACCACGGUAGCCAGUGCCCGAGGCAUAUGGGUGUUCUUGGAGCAUUGGUUGUCGUCGUUCCCGGGCUAUUCAACUUCUUCCCGGGAUAUCAGUUUCUGGGGAAACUCCUACGGCGGGUUCUAUGUGCCCGAAACUGCUGUGACGGUGAGCAAAGCGCUUCAGCAGCUCCCGGCGACCCAUUAUCUCAAGGACAAAGACCUCCGGGUGGAUUCUAUCGGCAUCACCAACGGCUGUGUGGACUUUUACUACCAGAUCGCAGGGUACCCUGAGUACGCCAACCACAACACGUACGGGAUCAAGUUCUACAACGAGACCUUCUACAACGAGAUCGAGAACAACAUCACCAAACCGGGUGGCUGUCUCGAUCGGACCGAUCAGUGUCGCCACGCUGGCCAAGUUGGAGACCCGGACUAUACAGGUAACAAUGCCACCGUCAACGAGAUCUGCGCCGACGCAACAGCCUACUGCGCGACUAUCAUCACCCCGCUGUAUACCAUCCACAAUGUGUCGACUUAUGAUAUUGCCAUCGAGACGCCCGCCACCUGCACCUACUAUCUCACGGUUGGCGAGUAUCUCAACAAACCGCAUGUCCAGGCUGCCCUCGGCGUCCCGCUGAACUGGACAUGGUACUCGCUAGACGUCACUGAUGCCUUUGACGAUACGGGCGACGCGUUCCGACAGUCCAACCUGCCGAACCUCGAAUACCUGCUUCGCAAUAACGUCAAGACGGCCUUCAUCUACGGCGACCGCGACUACACGUGCCCUGGUACCGGGGCGGAAACCCUGGCCAAGACGGUCGCGUGGAAGGGCCAGCAGGGCUUCAUCGACGCAGGGUACCAGGAACUCCAGGGCCUUAGCGCUGGAGCAAAGGGCGGAGUCGCAAAGCAGUACGGUCUGUUAUCAUUUACCAGGGUCUUUGAGUCGGGACACCAGGUCUCGGCGUAUGCCCCAGAGACCGUCCUCACUGUCUUCAACCGGACCAUCUUCAACCUGGAUGUGGUCGAGGGCAAGGUGCCCGUGAGUGCUGAUUAUUAUACUCGUGGUCCCAAGGAGAGCUCGGGGUGGAAGAGCCAGAUAGAGGGUCCCUUUGUGGAUGUGUGCAUGGUCGAGGGUAACUUCUCGUCGAGCACAUUAUUCUCUACGCCUGUUUAUUAG